CCUCGUAGAGUUACCUAAAAACUUUCACAAACUUGUGAAUCUCUUGGUCCUCAAUUGUCAUGAAUGUUUCUCCUUGACCCACAUGCCAGUGGGGCUGGGUGAACUGGCCCGCCUUGAAUCAUUACCAUGGUUUGUGGUGGAAAGGGGUAGUUCCGAUCAUACGCAUUUAGGUGGCUUGAAUGAGCUGAAAACCCUCAGCAACUUGAGAGGUGUACUCCAGAUUGUGAAUCUGGGACAUGUUAGUGGUUCUAAAAUGUUGUCACCAACAUCACUUGCAUAUACAAUCGGCAGGGAAGCUAAUUUGAAGGAGAAGAUCCAUCUUGAAACUUUGUCACUGUGUUGGGAUGAUGGAAAUAGUGCAAAAGAAAUGGAAGAAUGGGCAGCAUACUUAGAGGGAUGUGAAGAUGUUCAAUGGGAUGAAAGCAUGCUGGAAAGCCUCCAACCACACUCCAAUUUGAAAUUCUUAAGCGUGUCUGGUCACAAAGGAAGGAGAUUGACGAGUUGGAUUUGUUCUCUCACUCAGCUUGUUUCUCUUCAACUGGUUUGGUGCAACGUGCAUCAUAAUUUGCACCAUUUGCAAGGAUUGCCGAACCUUCAAAAGCUCAACCUUUUCGGAUUGAUUGAACUGGAGUACAUGGAUGAAGGUGAUGAUGAAGAUGUCGAUGGAUGGGCGAUGAAUGAAGGUGCACAAAAGAAAACAUCCAAACUGUUCUUCCCCUCCCUCAUUGAACUUUGUUUGAUUGAUUGUCCUCAAAUGAAAGGAUGGAGGAGGAAGCCUCACCAAUUCCCUAAACUUUCCAUUCUAGACAUAACAGGAUGCCCUCUGUUAACCUCUAUGCCAUCGUUCCCAACACUUGAUAGGAAGCUAAAGCUGAUGAACUCUAGCAUACUACCGCUACUAGACACGUUGACCAUGUUACCAGUAGGACAGAUUAAUUUACCAUCUAGCGCUACUUGUUCAUCAUCAUCAUUAGCUCCCUCUUCUCCAAGUGAAGUGGAAGCCCUCCAGUACCCUCUGUCAAAACUGAAGAAACUGUACUUGUGGAGAAUUGAUUACCUCCCAAAGGAAUGGCUGCAGGGAAUGCAACACCUAACCUCUUUGCAAGAGAUUAGAAUUGAUGAAUGUUUAGGGUUGGAGGAGACUUUAUAUUGGCACAAUAUCUCCCAUGUCCCAAACAUAAGAAUUUACGGGGCAUACAUUAAGAAAGGUGGAGUGGCACAACAAUGUCCCGCAGAUACUACAGGCAAUCUAUGAGGAGAAGGCAAAAGAGGAAGGCCAGGCGGAAUCAAGCUGAUGAGCACUUGAUUCUUACUUGGUAAGCUUCAAGUAUUGGUGGUUUUGUCAUUACGCUGAACUGUGCCUAGUUAUGCUUGGUUGUGAAAUCAAGUUGAGCAUAUAAUGGUGAUCAAUAAAUAUUUGUUAGCACUCGUCAUGAAAAAGAAUAUGUAUCUUUCUUUCUUGCUUCUCUCGGCCUAGUUGUGCUGGGUAGUUUUGUUUGUAUAACUAUUGUCCUUUCUUGAUAUCACUCGGAAAUUAAAAAAAAAAAAUAUUGCUGUGUUUGUUUGAGCUGCAAGAAAUUGGAAGAUAAAUUGGUUCAAAAUAUGGAAAUGUGUUGUCAUUUCCUCUAAAAAAGUAUCCACCCCUGCAGAUUCUCCGCCAAAGCAAAUUGCUUGGAGUACUUGGUGAUGGCUAAUGGCUAACUUCAAGAUGAUGAUUGAUCUUGUCUUUCAACAUCAUGGAUUCAGGCUGGUGAGUUCACGGUUCGACGAACUUCCUCAUAAGGUUCUAUAUGCUAAAUUGUGUCUAGUUUUAUUAUAUUCUUGGUUUCAAAGAUCCAUGAACGUCUCUUCGUAGACAUCAUCAAAAAGAGCUCUUCUUUCUUCCCUUUAUUGACACCUCUCAGUUUCAACUGUAAGUUAGCACAGAUCAAACUGGAUAAUCUCUCAUUGAAACGACCUUCUGCACCGUUCUUUUUUUUUUUUAUCAGAAUAGGAGAUGAGGGAAUCGGUACAAGAAUGACCACAUGGAGCUAGGCCUGUAGAACGUCGACAGAGAGCUCUCAAAGUGAUGGCCGGAAAUUUUCUGCUUUUUGGUGUUCCUGGAUCAUGAUUUUGGUGGGUAAAGACUACAAUUUUUUUAUACAGGUAAAGACCAUGAUUUGAAUCUGCAGUUUCCCCCGAACCAUCAUUGGAAGGGGAUCCUGGUAUCUGUAUUUGAUUACAUUAAAGCUCUAAUUGUCAGUUGACACUCGAACUUAAGCUAUUGUAUACACUGUCCAUUGCAGUCAGGUUGAGAUGAGGAGUCCAGGGAGCUGUGAUAACCAUUUACUGUUUGCCUUAUGCUGCAAGUAGAGAUGAUUGACAACUUUGGUUGGGCUUUUUAAGGUUUAAAACGGCCCAGCUGAAACAAUUUUCAUCUAGUUGAUGGGGGAAUUGAAGACUAGGAGAAGUCUUUCUUUCCAUAUUUGUUGUCACCCAUUUGGUAUAACCAACCCAAUCUCUUAAUUUCCUAUAUGUACUAGAUUUUGCCCUCUUGCUUGAGUCUCGUGGUGAGUGAAAGAUAAUGCAAUAAUAAUUAAAUAAAAAAGAAAAAAAAAUCACAAAGACGUGAAAAGGUCCAUAGCAAUUUGUACUCGCUGACCAAUAUAAGGUUACAAAUUAG